AUGCUACAACUGUGGUGGCCUUGACCACCAUGCUAAAGAAUGUAGUCUACCUCCGCAGCCAAAGAAGUGCCAUUACUGUCAGAGCAUCAUGCACAUGGUGGCUAACUGCCCCCACAAAACUGUCUCGCAGCAGCCCACUAGUUCUCAGGGAAGACAUGAAGCUAAAUCCACUUCUGCUUUCCCGAGAGAAGGGGGAGGAACGCACGGCUAUUCGUCUCCAUCGUACUCUCAGGAGGGCAGGUCAGAGAUCUCGGAGCGCUCGGGAAGGUCACCACAGGAAGCUUCAUCGAGUAAGUUGUCUGCGUCGCCCGAAGAACCAAGCAGAAAGGGGCCUUCUGUUCAGAAAAGGAAAAAAACUUAA